UACGUCAUGGCUACCCAUCUGAGUGUAAGCACUGGCUGGUUUUCAACAGGAUACGCAAAUUGGUGAAAGUGGUACUGCUUAGGCCAGCGAUGUACCAGCAGGGAAUAUGUGAAGAUACUUGACAGUGACACAAUAAUCUAGGGCGAGGAGUUAUGAUCUCUAGACACCAGCCGUAUUCUCCUACAACGUCCGAGGACCGGCCCCAGUUGGGGAAUAGAGUUGACGAGCCAUCUGACUGUGGUCAGCGUACUAAAAAGAAGCUUAAACUUCUACCAUCGAAACAAGCUGACAAGAUGGAAACGCAAGCAACGCUCAACAGUAUUCAAAAAGCCGUAUGGGACGGCAGGUUACCCUUACAGAUUAGACUUGCUCCAUCAGAAAGUCGGAUAUAUGAUCAGACAGACCCGUAUCUUAUCUCUUAUCCCCGAAUCUCAUAUCUUCCAUCGCUACUGCCCAGACUGAGAGCCUUCUUCUCACCCUCUCUGAUAAACCCUAAUUCCCAGGCCCAUGAGGGAUGGUUCUCCAUCGAAGGUGUGCCUCUCAAAUGGCAUCUUCCCGUCGGCCUGCUAUAUGAUCUCUACGCGGGCGCUGACCCGGCAUCUAAGGGGGCAACCGUGCCGGACGACGCAGGCUGGGACAUCGAUAGCCCAGACAGCCCAUUACCAUGGUGCCUCACGGUGCACUUUAGUAACUGGCCGGAUGAAGAACUUGUCCGGCUGGACGCGGACGGGAUGGUCAUGAACGACGCAUUCAUAAACAGCGUCAAGGAAGCGGAUUUCCUGCGAAACGGGACCGCAAAGGGUAUCAUGAGUCUUUCGAAGGAGGAUUCGUCCGGGUUAUGGAAGUCUGUUCAAGACGUGGACCUCCCCUCCUUCCAGCGAGUUUCUAAUAUCCUUCUCCCCCCUCUCAACCAGCCUUUCCGUAAUGUCCCAAUUCGCAUCUUCCUCCCUCUCCCUCCGGACUCCGGCUCCCCCUCUCUCAAAGUAGUUCAAUCCCCGAUUCCGCCGUCGAUUCCGCCCUCCAGCGUGGCUGCUAGCCAAUUAACCCUUUCACGGAGUAAUAUCACUGUGCAAACGCAGACGAUAGGCACGGCCUUGCAUGCGCUACUCCCAAACUUGUUUCCCAGUCGGAGGACGCCCGUGUUAGCGAAGCCCGUGCUGCAUGGUGCCGCCGUGCCUAUGUCAGCACCGGUUGAAGAGGUGGUCAGGAGUUCGGCGUAUGGAGACGGUUGGUUGUACAUUGUUGUACGAAUGAUGGGGUGAUGGGCUGGAUGGUUAUAUCAAAUCCUCCGUUGGGGACUAUGCGCUAUGAACUGUGAUGUAGCGGAUUUGGUUUCCA